CCGCGCCGGCUCCGCAGCUUGCGCCGGCCGGUCCGGCGCCGGGCCAUGGCGCUGUUGCGGGACGUGUCGCUGCAGGAUCCGCGAGACCGCUUUGAGCUGCUGCAGCGUGUUGGGGCCGGGACCUAUGGCGACGUUUACAAGGCCCGUGACACCGUCACGUCCGAACUGGCCGCGGUGAAGAUCGUCAAGCUAGACCCAGGGGACGACAUCAGCUCUCUUCAGCAGGAAAUCACCAUCCUUCGCGAAUGCCGCCACCCUAAUGUCGUGGCCUAUAUUGGCAGCUACCUCAGGAAUGACCGGUUGUGGAUCUGUAUGGAGUUCUGUGGAGGGGGUUCGCUGCAGGAGAUUUACCACGCUACUGGGCCCCUGGAAGAACGGCAGAUAGCCUAUGUUUGCCGGGAGGCACUGAAGGGGCUCCACCACCUGCAUUCUCAGGGCAAAAUUCACCGAGACAUCAAGGGUGCCAACCUUCUGCUCACUCUGCAGGGAGAUGUCAAGCUGGCGGACUUUGGGGUAUCAGGUGAGCUGACAGCAUCUGUGGCUAAGAGGCGGUCUUUCAUUGGCACUCCGUACUGGAUGGCACCAGAGGUCGCUGCUGUGGAACGCAAAGGUGGCUACAAUGAGCUGUGUGACGUCUGGGCCCUGGGCAUCACUGCCAUUGAGCUGGGCGAGCUACAGCCACCGCUGUUCCACCUGCACCCCAUGAGGGCCUUGAUGCUCAUGUCGAAGAGCAGCUUCCAACCACCCAAGCUGAGAGACAAGACACGUUGGACCCAGAAUUUCCACCACUUCCUCAAGCUGGCCCUAACCAAGAACCCCAAGAAGAGGCCCACAGCUGAGAAGCUUCUGCAGCACCCAUUCACAACCCAGCAGCUCCCUCGGGCCCUCCUUACACAGCUCCUCGACAAGGCCAGCGACCCCCACCUGGGAACCCUCUCCCCUGAAGACUGUGAACUGGAGACCCAGGAUAUGUUUCCAGAUACCAUCCAUUCCCGGGGUCAUCAUGGUCCAGCUGAGAGGACGCCCUCCGAGAUCCAGUUUCACCAAGUGAAAUUUGGCGCACCUCGCCGGAAGGAGACGGAUCCUCUCAAUGAACCGUGGGAAGAGGAAUGGACGCUGCUGGGAAAGGAGGAACUGAGUGGGAGCCUGCUGCAGUCGGUCCAGGAGGCCUUGGAGGAAAGGAGCCUGACUAUUCGACCUGCCUUAGAACUCCAGGAGCUGGACUCCCCAGAUGACGCCAUGGGAACCAUCAAACGGGCCCCGUUUUUGGGGCUGCCCCAUACUGAGCCAACACCUGAUGACAAUGCCCAGUCCCGCUCCCCAGGAACCCCAUCUGCACCUCUGCCUGGUCCUGGCAGCCCACCAUUGCUGCCCACUGCCUGGGCCACCCUGAAGCAACGGGAGGAUCCUGAGAGAUCAUCCUGUCAUGGCCUUCCUCCCACCCCCAAAGUGCACAUGGGUGCCUGCUUCUCCAAGGUCUUCAAUGGCUGCCCCCUGCAGAUUCAUGCUGCUGUCACUUGGGUACACCCCGUGACUCGAGACCAGUUCCUGGUAGUGGGGGCCGAGGAAGGCAUCUACACUCUCAACCUGCAUGAACUGCAUGAGGAUACUCUGGAGAAGCUCAUCUCCCAGCGCUGCUCCUGGCUCUACUGUGUGAACAACGUAUUGCUGUCACUCUCAGGGAAAUCCACGCACAUCUGGGCACAUGACCUCCCAGGCCUGUUUGAGCAGCGGAGACUGCAGCACCAGGCACCCCUCUCUAUCCCUACCAACCGUAUCACUCAGCGCAUCAUCCCCAGGCGCUUUGCCCUGUCCACCAAGAUUCCUGACACCAAAGGCUGCCUGCAGUGUCGUGUGGUUCGUAACCCCUAUACAGGCAGCACUUUCCUGCUGGCUGCCCUGCCUGCCAGCCUGCUUCUGCUGCAGUGGUAUGAGCCCCUGCAGAAAUUCCUGCUGCUGAAGAACUUUUCCAGCCCUUUGCCCAGCCCGGCAGGGAUGCUGGAGCCGCUGGUGCUAGACGGGAAGGAGCUGCCACAGGUGUGUGUGGGUGCCGAGGGGCCUGAGGGACCUGGCUGCCGAGUCCUGUUCCAUGUCUUGCCCCUGGAGGCUGGCCUGACUCCAGACAUCCUCAUCCCGCCUGAGGGAAUACCGGGCUCUGCCCAGCAGGUGAUCCAGGUGGACAGGGACACAGUACUGGUCAGCUUUGAACGCUGUGUGAGGAUCGUUAACCUGCAGGGUGAGCCCACAGCUGCACUGGCCCCUCAGCUCACCUUUGACUUCCCUAUUGAGACUGUGGUGUGUCUGCAGGACAGUGUGCUGGCUUUCUGGAGCCAUGGCAUGCAGGGCCGAAGCCUUGACACCAACGAGGUGACCCAGGAGAUCACAGAUGAGACCAGGAUCUUCCGAGUGCUGGGAGCCCACAGGGACAUCAUCCUGGAGAGCAUUCCCACUGACAACCCUGGGGCACACAGCAACCUCUACAUCCUCACAGGCCACCAGAGCAGUUACUGAGCUGUCCUCUCCAGCCUCUGUAGGGCCCCAGAGGGCAGACCUGACUCUAAGAAGUGUUUGGGGGCAGGGAGGGGAGGUAGCCCACCCCCCUCAGCAAUAACUGGACCAGAGGAAGCUGCGACCACCUCCCUCCCUGCAGUGUUGUCUCCCAGGACAGGAGGCCCUGGGCGGGCUGGGGCUGCCUGGCUGAUCCAUUCCAUUUUCUCUUUUCCUUUCUAUUCUUUCUUCCAAGAGCCUGCCCCAGGUUCUAUCCUGGGCAACAUGUAUUUAAGAGAGAAUUAUAUUGGUAUUAAAGCUGGUUGGUUUUAUCCCGUUAGUCCCUCUGAAGUGGAGGCAUUGAGCCCCCACCUUCUGCCCCUUCUCUUUCUUCUCCGCUCACUCUUUCCUGCAGGACACUUUUCUCUAAGUACUCAGUUGGCCUCAGGUGUGUGCCGUGGAAGAGCAGCUGCUGGUGCUUGGUGGAGUCUAGACUUGGGUGACACAAGCCAGUGGUCUAACAGCCAUCUUGGGCCUGGAUCUUCCUGGUCCCUGCCCACAGCAGCCCUCAUUCAGUUUUGUAGAUUGAGACAUCUGCUGUAUUUGGCAUCUUGUGGAUCAUGCAGGGGAAUUAUGAACAAAGGGACCUGUCCGGGGCAGCCUUGCCCCAAGUAGGAUCUUGUUUGUGGUUUCUGGGAUCUGCACCCUGGCCGUGUCUACUGCAAUGUUCCAUGACGGGCCUGUAACAGUAUUGUGAAGCAUCGGCUUUGCCGGGGAAGAUGGAUGUGCGUCUCUUUAGUGUUCAUUCACUCCAUGUCAGGCCUGGGGUCACUACCAAAAUCCAGCUCAACACCCAAGAAAAUUGUUGGAGCCCAUCUCCCUUGUGCCUCAGCUUGUGUUUUUUACUGUCCUUCUUUGGCCCGGUACCCCUCGAGUCCUGUGGCCCCAGAUACUGACUGGCUUGCCAGUGACUAAGACCACUGAAGGGAGGAUGGGGCACACAGCCAAGCCUGGAGGGCUAAGCGGGUUGUAGAGCAAAGGUGCAGAGCCCAGUGCUCUGUUCCAGCUCAUUGUCACCCUCCUGACAUUUAGAGCAAACGUUGGCAGAACAAAGUCUUAUGUCUGGUAUUCUGGCUGCAAGUACUCGCCAGCUCAGUGAGGCAAUGGGAAGGUGAGGGUGGGUGGCGACAGCUCAUGUGAAUGGAAUUUGUGGCCCUUAUGGCUGUCACUGUCCCUUUGACUACCCUCUUCAGAGCCCUAAUGCUCAGUUUCUAGUGACCAAGAGGGUUGCUUGACUGACUAGGGAGCUGGGCCAGGAAAAGGGACAGAGCAUACGUCCUCAGUGAGACCCCAAGUCAUCUGGAGGGUUGAGGGGGACAGGGUACACAGUAAAGUCCUAGUUCCUAAGCUCCCGGAUUUCUUGGAGGCAUGCUGGUGUGUGUGUGGGGGGGGGGAGAUGAGAGGUGUGUUCCAUCCAGCCCAGAACACUUAACCCAGGUGCCCUGGGAGAACGGCUUCGCACAGUGCCACCUUGUGGCAGGGAGCUCGGCCCAGAGUCCAUCUGAAAAGGUGGUUUAGGAGUAUAAGAUGCCAAAGUGAGAGGCCUGUGAAAAGCAAGGCCCACUGAUAGUAUUUGGUGCCACAAGCCAAAGAUGGGGCAAGCCAGGACUAUGCACUGAAAGAUGUAACUUUAUUUAUAUAUUUGUUUAUAGACAGCCUUUUUCAAAUACAAAAGAGAAUUCAAUGAAGCUAGGCUGUGGUGAAUGCCUGUUAUCCAGUACUCAGGAGGCAGAGGACUGUCUGUGAACUGUAGUCCAGCCUGGUCUACAUAGUGAGUUCCAGGCCAGCCAAGGUUUUAUGUAGUCAAGAUCCUGCCUCAAAAAUUAAUAGAACUGUGUCUCAUUUGUCCUGCACUCAGUCUAGAAGUAUUUCUGAUAUUUAAACAAUUUGGUAUAUUUUUAUUCAUAUGGCACCAUUCCAUAUAUCCUGCUGGCUCUCUGGAAGUACAUUCUGGAGAGCUUUCCAUCAUCAACCAGGUCUAUUUUUGUAUAGCUUGUGCUGGAUUGUACACAUUUCAGGUGACUAAUGUUAACUGAAAGAUCCUUAUUGAGGAAUGUAUUUCUACUUUAAUAUUACAAACCACACUGCAAUAAAUAACCCCUGUGU